GCUCCUAAAUUCAAGAUGGAGUCGCCGAGUCGGGCUGGGCAGGAGAUGAGUUUAGCGGCCCUGAAGCAGCACGACCCCUACAUCACCAGCAUCGCAGACCUUACGGGCCAGGUCGCUCUGUACACCUUCUGCCCCAAAGCCAACCAGUGGGAGAAGACUGAUAUAGAAGGGACCUUAUUUGUAUAUCGAAGGUCAGCAUCACCUUACCAUGGUUUUACCAUUGUAAAUCGACUGAAUAUGCACAAUCUAGUUGAACCAGUGAAUAAAGAUUUGGAAUUUCAGCUCCAUGAACCAUUUCUUCUUUACAGAAAUGCAAGCUUGUCAAUAUAUAGUAUCUGGUUUUAUGACAAGAAUGACUGUCACCGCAUAGCAAAACUCAUGGCUAGCGUGGUAGAAGAGGAGACACGGCGAUCCCAGCAAGCUGCUCGAGAUAAACAGAGUCCCAGCCAGGCCAAUGGCUGCAGCGAACAGAGGCCCAUCGACAUUCUAGAGAUGCUGAGCAGAGCCAAGGAUGAGUACGAGAGGAAUCAGAUGGCUGACUCAAAUAUCUCCAGCCCUGGGUUACAGCCAAGCACUCAGCUCUCCAAUCUGGGAAGCACUGAGACUCUAGAAGAGAUACCCGCUGGGUCACAAGAUAAGUCUGCUUCAUCUGGACACAAACAUCUGACGGUGGAAGAAUUAUUUGGAACCUCUUUGCCAAAGGAACAGCCAGCAGUUGUGGGUCUGGAUCCAGAGGAAGUAGAAAAGCUUCCAGGAGAUGCAUCCCAGAAAGAGCCCAGCUCAUUCCUCCCAUUUUCCUUUGAGCAAUCAGGAGGAGCCCCUCAGUCAGAAAACCUGAGUGUCCAUUCAGCUACCCACCACACAGUCCAACCUGAGGUCACUACCCCGGUGCUAAUCACUCCAGCCUCCAUCACACAGUCUAGUGAAAAGCAUGCCCCAAGCUACAGUAUCCCAUUGAGCCCUGUUCUCAGUCCGACUCUACCAGCAGAAGUUCCCACCACACAGGUUCCCCCCAGCUUACCUCGAAACAGCACCAUAAUGCAGGCAGUGAAGGCCACGCCUAGACAGAGGUCUCCACUCCUGAACCAGCCAGUCCAUGAGCUAAGCCACGCCAGUCUGAUUGCCAGCCAGAACCCCUUCAGAGCCUCACUGAGCUUGACAAACACAGCUGGCACGUCCCUCCCAUGUGUGGAUCUUCUCCAGAAACUCAGGUUGACCCCACAGCAUGACCAAAUACAGACACAGCCACUUGGGAAAGGUGCAGUGGCACCCAGCUUUUCUUCAGCAGCUGGCCAGCUGGCCACACCUGACAGUUUCAUAGAGCCUCCCUCUAAGACAGCAGCAGCAAGAGCAGCGGCCUCAGCCUCCCUGAGCAACGUGGUGCUUGCUCCCCUUCAGUCUAUGCAGCAAAACCAGGAUCCUGAAGUGUUUGCCCAGCCUAAGGUGUUAUCCAGUGCCAUGCCGGCUGCAGGUCCUGCACUCAUCACUGCAGCAACAACAGCAGUGUCUGCAGUCCUGCUGUCCCCAAGCGUUUUCCAGCAGUCCGUUCCACGGCCCACAGACCCUGAAAGGAGAGCAAGCUCACCUUCUCCCCUCACUGCAGGAACUCCAGAAAAUCAGAGAAAGCCUUCCAUUAUUCUCAGCAAGUCUCAGCUCCAGGAUACAUUGAUACAUCUAAUAAAGAAUGAUUCCAGCUUCCUCAGUACACUUCAUGAAGUGUACUUACAGGUUCUGACCAAGAACAAAGACAACCACAACCUAUAACUGGAGUGGAGCAAAUCUGAAGGUAGAGGAGCAACCUCAAAAACAAAUAGGCUUCAUCAUGGAAACUUGUUUCUAAAUAGAACAUUGAGUUUUGAGAAUCCUGAAAUUGAGCCUAUGAGAAAGAGACUCACUCCUUAAGAAUGUUUUCCAAGUGACAUUCUCAGUGAUAAUGGAGGUUUCACUGUGAAGCAUCACCAGCAGACCUUUGUUUUGACAAAAAAACAAAACCAACAACAAAAAAGAUCAUUGUGUUAUAUGGUGUUUUCAUCAGCUGUAAGCAAGUAUGUGAAAUGAGGAGUCUGAUUUUCAACUUGCUUUCACUUUCAAGGACUUAGGGAGGAGUAGCCACCAGCCUUGCUGCAGAGCUCAGCAGAGCUCAGCAGAGCUCAGCCUCACCCACACUCUUUCCCCUCUCCAGUCGCCUAGAAAUGUGGGCUGACAGUCAAGCUCUGAACUAAGUAGUAGUCAGCUCUACAAACUAGCUUAAAUUUUAAGGAUCAGAGUUGAAGCUGAUAAAUUAGAAAUUGUUUGUUAAAGAGAAGUGUAUUUUAUAUGAACACUCCCAUUUGGGCCUUAAAAGUCCUGAAAUUUCUUUGCAUUUUGCUUUUAGUGGUCCCAGUCCUGCCAUGGUGGUAAGCUCCAGUGCAGCAUUGCUGUUUGAACAGGGCCUUGUGAGGCUAAUGUGGGAAAAGAUAUGUCACACCUUUGAGGCUGGGGCUGCAUAUGCCCAAAUCCUACCAGAAAUCUCCAUUUUAAGUUAAACUCUCCAGUGGUUUUGAAAAUGUUAAGUUUGUGUGUGAAGCACAGCCUUAUUUUCCUUUUCUGUCUAACCACAGUUAGAAAUCAUUGUUGAUUGUUUUCCUUAACACUUUGACAAAAGGACCAGUGGACCAAUCUGACAAAGCCAUUCUGGUUCCAUUCCUCAAGUGUACUGAGAACAGUUUUAAAGCUAUGCAGAAAAGGGAGCUGUUACUCACACUGCCCUUACUUUGUUGUAGAAUAUGGAGUUAAAAAAGAAAAGUGUGAGAUUCAGAACUUUACCAAUGUAUUCCUAGGCUGUGAGUACUUUUGCAGCCCACAGUGUGAAAAUAUGUAAAGAUGCUUUGUUAUGCUGCUAUUGAUCUGCCAUGAUUUAUAUUUAUUCUUUUAUGGCAUGUAAUGACGUUUAGUAAUAUUUUAAUGUAAAAUUUGAUUUAUUUCAGCAAUAGUAAUUUUAAGAUAUUCUUUGAAUGAGUGUCUUUGUUUCUAUGAUACAGGUCAUUUUGUAGUAUUUAACCAAUUAAGAUGCACUGCUUACUUUUCUGAGCACUAUUUAAUGACGGGGUAAAAAACCCACUUGGCUCAACCAGCUAGCAUAAGGAUUAGCUGUGAAUAAUGCUGACAGAUGUGAUGGUUCCUCUGGAACAAUCAUUUAAGCUUUAAUGGUAACUUGAUCAUAAGUCCAUAGAUUUCUUUCUAGCUGAAAUUUUAGAAAAUUACUUAUGAAUUACAUACUUUUUUAGUUUGGUCUUAGUUUUUUAACUUUGUCUUAGUUUUUCAAACUUCGAUUGGCUUGCAUUAAUCUAACAUGCUUCCUGGACAAUGUUUCUGCUUCUUGAUUUAAUCUCUUCUAUUGCUGUCUACCUAGUUACGUGUGAAUUGUGCAGAAUUCAGGGAAGCUUAUCAGUUUUCAUACUCAGUAAGGAAUUGUUUGUUUUCAAAGAUAGUGUGUAAAUUCAGCAACCAAAACUGAACUGCUCGUGCAUCAUCUGGGAAAGAUAAAGCAGUAGUAAAAUAAGGAGUGUUGCUGACAACACGAGGUGGUGUCCAAGGGAACCACGUGGCUGUUCUCAUAAAAUGAAUGCUCCAGUAGGUUUGACCAAGAUUACCCCAAGUGUGGUCUCAGUGGGCUUCGGUAAAUAGACAAAUCAAGGGAGUCUUGUUAUAAUUGACAUUUAAAUUUAAAUAACGCUUUUGAAAAUGUAGAAUAUUAUGAGAGUAUAAAGAGGGAAUAUCCUAAAGAGGGUCUAUAAUCAAGUCUGUUAAUUUUCACCCUUUAAUCCUAAGAAUGAAUAUAAUAGACAGUAAAAGAGAAUCUACAGUAAGGCUUCCUUAGUGUGAACAUAAACAUUUAAGUGCCCAAGUGAUGGAGACUUGAAAAGGGUAAACCUGUUUCAACUCCCAAAUGUAUAUACUCUAAGCAUUUACUUACGAUUCGAAGCCAGAAGCUCAUGUCGUGAUUACCAGGGAGUUCAGGCCAGAAGAGUCCCAGAGAGCCAAGCCACGCCUGAAUAGUUGCAGCUGGAUGGCCCUGGCCUGAAAGCCACAAUCUGGUUGCCUUAGUCCUCAUGCAGGCUUGCUAUCCAGAACCUCAUGCUAGCUUAGGUUGCAUGUUUACAAUGCUAGUGUCCUUUACUGGAACCUUAGUUGAAUUGAAAUAGACCCAAGAUGGAAUGCUUCUUGGUAGGUUUUGCAGAACCCCAGAAGACUUGCAUUUAGGCUGUGUACCCAACCCACCUGCCUUGCCCCUGGAGUCCAAGUGUAGGCUCUGGGAGGAGCAGCUCAGAGCUUGCAUUAUGGUGUGUCUGGGGUGUCAAGAGUGGGUGAUGCUGCUCUUCUUUUUGUUGUAGUUAAUGUGAUAUCUUUGAAUGGAUACUCAUCAUACCACACCUCACCCCUGAUACCUCCCAGACUACUUGUUCCCCUCUGUUCUGCAUCUCUCUCAGGAUUUGUGAGAUGUAAAAGUUGGCCUGCUUGACUUGGAAUCCUAAAUUUUCAAGUGACUGUCAGUGUCAGGAGAAGCAUUUCAUGUAGUCCACAUGUGCAACAUCCUCAGCUUUCCCUUAAAAGAGUGUAGUUUACUAAGAAUCUAAGUCAAAAUCUUGGCAGAGAAGGAGGAUAGAUGCACAGGCUUAGUUUCAAAUAUGUUUGACCAGAAUCUCAUGUCCAGCAUUCGUCCUAUUUCUUGUGGCAAUUAUAAACCCCCGUUGAAUCCACUACUAGGUAAAUACUUUUAAACCAUGCAGCUUUAUUACUGUCCUCCCCCAAAGAAUGUAGUUUGAAAUCUUCUCAUUUUGGUAGUAGAGGCCAUAACUGCCAUCAUGUUAGUAAUAAUGCAACAUGAAAUUGAAGGUGCCUAACUGCUUAAAAAAUAAAAUCAGCCAUCAUACUGUAACUCACAGAGGAGUGAGAGGUGGCACAGGCACAAGUGGACUCCACCCACAUAGUGAGGAGGACUAGGAAUCACGGGCGCAAUCCUACGUCCUUGCUGCACAUUUGCUGUGAAGCAUGUGUUUCUUGCCUACUUUGGUUUUCUUCAGUACUAUUCAGAGUACUCUAUGGAACCAACAACGCCCUGUGUUUUCAGGUAUCUAAAAUACUAAGAUCUGAACAGAGCAAAGCAACUUACACUAGGCUUUUUAAAAGCUGCACUUGAGAACAUUUUCAUGAGUGGGCUAGGGUCUUGAGGAGCCUAUUUUGCUUUCAGCAAAUUUCAGCAGGAGAAACGUGUGCAAUGUUUCACUCAGAUUUGGAUUUGACAUCUUUUUUUAAAAUGCUAAAAUGCAAUAUCAAUCACUUUGAAGUGGGAAAAAUGCAAAAUUGUGUUUCCCUUUUAUCUGUGUGAAUCCUUAGAAAAUAUGUUUUUAAAAUAUGCGUUCUAAAUGAUCUUUUAUUCUGUAUUCCUGCUUUGGUCAUGUGGCUCUCAUGACUUUCAUUGUACCGGAUUCUCAGCUCCCUGAAAAGUGGAGAUGAGAAGCUCUGGAGUGACAGCAAGGUUUUUGUUCCAU